AUUUGCUCCAUCACUGACUGUCUUGCUCUGCUUUUUUUUUUUUUCUCUCUCGCUUUUUCUUCCUUUUUCGUGCGAAACGCUCUGCAAAAUAAAAACGCAUUGUGAGUUUGUUUUCGUGGAAUUGGAAAAGAUUUUUCUUUUUUUUUUUCGAGUUUUCAACCUGUGUUGCCGUUUUGUUGUUUGAUUCUUCAUGUUUUGUUUAUUUUCCUGGACUUUUUCGCUUCAAGUUCAUUUUUGUUGUUAUUUUUUUUUCGCAUGGUUCGUUGAAUUGAGUAGAAUUGUAUAAGGUUAGGAUUUUUUUCGUGUGUAUUUUUUCUAAAAAUUGUAUUUGAUAGUUUCGUGUUUGAAACGAUUUCUGGCUGUUGUGAGGUUAUGGUUGUAAAACACUGAGACAAUCAGAUAAUGACGAAGAUCACAAGUUUAUUUUUUAUUUUCUUUUUUCCUUUGAAUUUCUUUCUAAAUCAUCUGUAAAUUUCCUGCUUCUCUGAAGUUUGGAUUUCAACUCGCAUGAUACAAGAGAGGAACAAAGAAUUAGUGGUUCCACUCGAUCUCUCUUAGCUCGGUGGAUAUAUGACAUCUGCUAGUUAACAGUACUGGUUAAUUCUAUUUAUUGAAAGGGAUCUCAGAUGAACUUCAAGAACGCUGGUGAUGUACCACCACCGGAAGGCAGCGGCGGCAGUGGAAGGCUGUCGGGAAAUUUCCUGUUGGCCAGACAGCCUUCCAUCUACUCGUUAACCUUCGAUGAGUUCCAGAACACCAUGGGUGGCCUUGGCAAGGAUUUUGGCUCCAUGAACAUGGACGAAUUUCUCAAGAAUAUAUGGACCGCUGAAGAGGCUCAAGCCAUGGCCUCCUUUGGAGGGGCCGAAGGUGGGUUCCCUGGCGGGGGCCUGCAGAGGCAGGGUUCCUUAACUUUGCCUCGGACUCUCAGCCAGAAGACAGUUGAUGAAGUCUGGAGAGACAUAUUUAAAGAAAGUGGUGGUGGCAAGGACGGAAAUAGCAAUGGGGGAUCAAAUUUGCAGCAGAGGCAGCAAACUUUAGGGGAGAUGACUCUGGAAGAGUUCUUGGUCAAAGCAGGGGUAGUAAGAGAAGAUACUCAAGCAGCUGGACGACUGAAUAAUAGCGGAUUCUGUGGGGAGAUAUCAUGUCCCAAUGACAUUAUCAGUCUAGCUCUUGGGUUUCCACAGCCGGGACGGACUAACGGAAUCGUGUCUAAUUGCGCCACUGAGAACAUCAAUACGGUUCAUUCUCAGUCUCCUAGUCUAGCCAUCAAUACAAACGGGGUCGGAUCUUGUCAGCCGUCGCUGCAGCAGCAGCAACAGUACCUACAACGAAUAUUCCCAAAGCAACCCACGGUGGCUUAUGCCUCCCCAAUGCAUUUAGGAAACACUAACCAGCUGUCUAGCUCUGCUAUUAGAGGUGGAAUUGCAGAUUCAACGAUGAAUAACUCUUUUGGUCAGGGUGGAGGAAUGGGCACUGUUGGUAUAGGGGCUGGGGCUGUUACAGUUGCAACAGGAUCUCCAGCAAACCAGUUAUCCUCUGAUGGACUUGGGAAGAGCAAUGGCGAUACACCUUCCUUGUCGCCAGUACCUUAUCCAUUUAAUGGAGGUCUUAGAGGAAGAAGAUGCAGCGGAGCUGUGGAGAAGGUGGUGGAGCGGAGGCAGAGAAGAAUGAUUAAGAACAGAGAGUCAGCUGCAAGAUCACGCGCUCGAAAGCAGGCAUAUACCAUGGAAUUGGAAGCAGAAGUUGCAAAACUUAAAGAUGAGAACCAAGAAUUGCAGAAGAAACAGGCGGAAAUUAUGCAAAUGCAGAAAAAUCAGGUUUUGGAGAUGAUAAAUCAGCAAUGGGGAAAUAAUAAAAAGCAAUGCUUAAGGAGGACACAAACUGGUCCAUGGUAGAGUAGAAGGAUUGGAUGGUCAAGAAAUAACCUGUUGUGAGAUGUUACAUGGAGAACAGGUAGCUGUAAAUAUAGACAGGAGACAAGUAUUUGUUGUAAAUUAUCGAGUUUAGUGCAGUAUUAUCAUGCAGGGUAGGCUUUUCCCGUUAGUGUGAUACGCUUGCUUCUCUUUUGAUCAUCAAAGGCAGGUAGGUUAGGGAGGCAAAAUAUGCAGUGCAGUAGGUAACGUUCGUUAUCUACUUGAGAAGAUUCUGAUAUUCACCCCUCAUCGAACCUUGGUUCUUCUAAUUUCAUUAAUAUGGUGCCUGGUCAAUAACAACCUUGCAUGUAGAUUGUAGACCCACGAAUUUUUAUAAUGCAUCUUCACGACUUGCAUUUUUAUGUAAGAAUGUUGAAUUUAAUGCAUCUUUAUGCAGUGUCAUUCACUUUAUCUUUUCA